GAUUAUCAGAAGUGACUGAAAGAACUCACGCAACGCAAUUGGCGAUUUUUUUGUUAUAUUUUCAUUGUAUCACAUCCAGUUUCGCUCAAAACUCGUAAAACAGUGUUUACAUUGGAUAUUCGUAAACUAUAUACUAUACGACAUUACUGUCUAUCGUUUUAAGUUACUGGUUAAAAAUGUCUUCACCGACUGAAGAAAGCGUUAGACGAAACAGUGAGAGCGAGGGAGGCGAAGUGGAAACCCCAGAGCAUGACCCCCAUUACGACCCCAUAGUGUCCCUGCCGCUGGUGGACGUGCAGACGAACGAGGAGGAGGAAGAGGAGCUGGUGAAGAUCCGGGCGCGCCUCUACAGAUACGACACAGCGGAUCAUGAGUGGAAGGAGCGCGGCACUGGCGACAUCAAGCUUCUCCGGCACAAGGCCAACAACACGGUGCGCGUGGUGAUGCGCCGCGACAAGACGCUCAAAGUGUGCGCCAACCACUUCAUCACGCCCGACAUCCGUAUGAACGUGCACUGCGGCUCUGAUAAGGCCUUCAACUGGUCCGUGUUUGCUGACUUCGCUGAUGAGACCAUGAAACAGGAGCUGCUGGCUAUCAAGUUUGGAAAUCCUCAGAAUGCUGAACUGUGGAAGGCGAAAUUUGCUGAAGCACAAGAAAUAGUCCGGACCAAAUGCAGCCUCUACACCCAGGAUCUGUCAUCUGAUGAUGAAAGCAGCAUCACUCGGAGCGAGGACACGGACACUCCGGAGCCAAAGAGUUCCGACAAGGCAGAAGAGAAAACCAUGGACAAAAAUGAUAAGGAUUCAGAAGGUGUAGUUCUCAAGCUUAAAGAGCUUACAGUGGAUAGUGAAAAAUCUGAAUAAGUUAGUUUAGUCUCUAGUUUGUUAGUGUACUGUAACAUGUAAUGUUAUUAUAAUUAGUAACAUCAAAACUGCCCCAGUAGGUAAAAUAUUGAAUGGUGAGUUUCUUAACCUCGCAUUUUACUCUUUUAUUGAAGGGUUAGAAGAAAAAGACGAUUUUUGUCUUGCUCUUUUAAAUUAUUUGCUGUAUGGCCUUAGUUCUAUUUAGAGCUAGAUCAAGUUGCGACGCAAGGUUAUGAAACAAGUCAAUGAAACAAGAAAAAAAGCUGUAAGUGAUUUCAUUUUAACUAAAAAAAUACAGUUAAGUAUAGGUCCAAGAGUUACAAGACUAAGUAAAGUAAAGUGUUCCUAAGGCCUCUGAAUCACACAAAUAACUCUGAUAAAUAUUAUAAAAUUGUUAAUGUGAAAGCAUGCGCCUUUGGGUACCACGCAGUGGCGUAGCGUGAACUAAUCUAGCCGUGGGCGAAGUCGCAUCUGCGAGGCCCUUUUCUUUCACUGUGUCUGAUGAGGCCUUGCGCGAGGCUCCUCUUGAGGCGCUGCCACUGGCGCCACGUUUGUACAAAAUAGCACGAAUUUAAACUUAUCAAUGCAUAUAGGUGUAUUUUAUACUGUGAUGUCACUUGUUUAAGACAGUGGCGGUCAAAAGGUAUCCUGAUCCUGAUCUAGUUUGUGCUUGCUAGUUUGCGUUCAUUAAUCUACAUGAAUCUAGUAUAUAACUGGAUCAGGCAUCAUGGGUGGGGGGAAAUGACCGAACAGGUUAGUCUUAUAUAUCUUUCAGUAGGAGUAGCAGCGAAAGAGCUAUUAUUGUUUGUCACAGUCUCACAUUUUUUUAUUACCCACCGUAAAUUGAGUAUGGAUUAUGGUGGGCAACAAAUAAAUUCGACCAAUCAUAUAUCGUUGCAUUGCGUAUGUUUCGUCCCUCACGGAGGCACGCGUAUAGCACUUGUAUAGGAUCCUACCUUCUAUGUUAAUGUAGGUUAAGUUACCAGUUUUUUUAUUCAAAUGGAAUAGCCAAACACACAUAUUUGUUGACAAAUUGAUUGCUAGCUCUAUUGUCAUACUAUAAGCAUUGGAGGUGUAGAAAUAUAGAUUUGACUCCAAAACUAUUAUUGUUUGGUGGAUUACACAGCAAGCAAAUUUAUGCUAUGGCUGUUUCGAAAUAUUAAAAGGCAACACCACACAGGCACACGUGUUACGGAAUUACAGAACAGAUAACGAUUAUAUUACGCAGAGGCUACUCAAAGCGAAAUCCGUUUCAGGCGUCCACAACCCAAACAUAACAAAUAAGAUUGCAGAAUAGUGAUCAAAUCUAAAAAUACUGCUUGGAAAUGGUUUCUAGGGAAACAUCUCUCUCUCUCGCUAAGGAUGAUAGAAAUACUCCUUAGCUAUUAUUAUUCCCAUCUGAUUGUGACAUCUACUUUUCUGGUUCUUUCUUCUUCUUUCUUUUAGGUACACAUCUAUGUGAAUUAUAAUUGUUCUAUGUCAGGCCAAAGCGCCUCAUAAUAUUAGU